AUGCCGUCCUCUCAACAUCGACGGCGAAAAUCUAGUACAACCAAUCUUGGAGAUCUUCCCAGUUUUCUGGAGAAUUCGCCAUUCUUCAUACCUUUCUCUAAUGAGGAAUCUCCAGCUCAAUCAGUGCCAAAACCGACGUUCUCGCAGUUAGUACGGUCGAAGAAUGCUCAAGCGCUGCUAGCUUUCCUAGUUGGAGUGUUUUUGUUCUGGUAUUUGAUGCCUAGAAAGGGAGAUAUAUCUUAUGAAGCUCUAGGGCGAUGGGGGCUGUUACACGGGGGAGGUGCACAAUGUUUAUAUGAUCCAAAAGCACUUGUUGCUGUCCCUAAUAUUACGGAUCUGGGUACGAAGGAAUAUGAAGGGUUAGAUUGGGAGAAAUUAGCAUAUGUUACUUACGUUACACAUAAAGACGUAUUGUGUAACUCGGUUAUGCUUUUUGAGAGUCUAGAUAGACUCGGGAGUAGGGCUAAAAGAGUUAUGUUGAUACCUGAUACUGAGGAGUUCAGGACGGAGGAUUACAGUAGUAGAAGUGCCCAGGAAGACGCUACCGUAAAGAGACUGCUGAAAUUAGCAGAGUCAAAAUACGGUGUCAAACUGGUUCGCAUGAGGAUCAUUCGAAAACAGUUAGGUUUUCAAAUGUGGGCAGCGUCCUACUCCAAACUCCACACCUUCUCCAUGGCCGAAUACACCCGCAUCAUCAUCCUCGACUCCGACGCAACCCUCCUCGCGCCCCUCGACGAACUCUUCCUCCUCCCUCCCUCCACCGCAACCAUGCCCCGCGCCUACUGGCUCGACAAACCUACCCUCGCAUCCCAUAUCAUGGUCAUCACGCCCUCCGCCGCUGAGUUCGCGCGCGUCCAGAAAGAAAUCGAUAAAGCUGGCCUCGGCGUGUAUGACAUGGAAAUCGUAAACGCGUUGUACGGCGCCACGUGCAACGUCCUACCACACAAACCAUACGCUUUACUAACCGGGGAAUUCCGUCGCGCGAAGGAUAAACACACGGCUUACCUGUCGCCUGGCGAGGUCUGGGAUGCGAAUCAAGUGAAGAAGGAGGCGAGGUUGGUCCAUUUCAGCGAUUACCCGAUGCCGAAACCGUGGGAGGGGAUUAGUCAGAAUGAUGUCAAGGCGAGCAGACCGGCUUGUGUGAAGACUGAGGGGGGAGAGGAUUGUAGUGAUCGGGAUGUGUGGAGGGGGUUUUAUCGCGAGUUUAGGGAGAGGAGGAUGGAGGUUUGUGGGCUGGAGAGUAUGGCUUGGUGGGGGAGUAAUCCGAAUUAUUGA